AUGACCCACAACAGCCCUAGAAAAGAACUGAACUUCUUACAAACAGAAAAUGAAAGACUCCAUCGCGAAAAUGUCGCCCUACGAGAAAAACUAAAAGAACAAAGAGCGCAGUGUAAUACCUGGUAUGAGGAAAACAAUCUAAAAGUGUCUGAGGUCUAUAAAAAAAUUCGGAAACUCGAUCCUCAUUCCAGGGUGCUUUCCAUUUACGAUGAGCUCGUCCAGAUGCGAAAGGUCAGUGCGGUUUAUAUAAACGCGAUGGAGGAAAUGCGGACGUGCUAUUUAGAGCUUAAAAAUGUUUACACAGAUCUGGAAGACUUAGUUAAAUCCCGCACAUCUACUUCAGUGAAUGGAUCGAGCAAUAUGUCAAAAAGUGCUAAACCCAAGUGA